AUGCCACAUCGUGUAGGUGGAAGUAGCAUGCGUUGUUUAUCUUCUUCUCGAGCUCCAUGUCCAACCCAUGCCGUAGUCGCACCGCAACCAGCUAUUUCAGCUCCAGUCGGACGUCAACCUGGUCUAUUUGCAAUAGCCGAUGGCUAUCAUAAUCAUGAUCAACCAGCUGCUGUUACACAAACAACGACUGGUCCGACAUCUCAACCGUUUUAUCAAGAUUCGUCGGAAAGAUAUGGCACAGAUCGAUGUAACUUAUAUCAAAAGGAUGUUAUGAAAUGCUUCGAUGAAGCAGACGGAGAUUCCAAGCGAUGUCAAGGCUUUUGA